GAGAUCCCAUUCCACACUUCAUACAUUCAAACCCCAAACUCCACACACCACAUAUGGUAUGUUAUGUACAGCGCUACAAAAUACUAUCCCACAUCAAUUGUUUCUUUGAUUAGCUAAUCCAAAGUCCAAACACAUACAAAUAACAUACUAGUGGAGACAGCUCUAAGAUGGCCAAUCGUUUGGGUCUUACACUGCAGCAAAAAAACCCAAUUUUGGCUUCUGUAUGUAUACAUCAUCAUACUUCACCUUCAUCAACUUCAAUCUCUUGUGCUUUUGAUUCUCACCCUCAAAAACUUCCCAAAACUCUGAAGAAGAAGUACAAGGACAGAACUAGUAGUGGAUAUAGAACACCUCGUCGGGUGGUGCUUGGCAUUGGGGCUGCAUUUUGGGCUCAGUUCAUGAGUAUGGCUGGUAAUACUGGCUUCAAAUCUUUCGCUGCUUCUGCUAGGCAAAAGAGUGCGAUUGAACAGGUGUUGAAGAAUGUGGAAUGGCCGGAGCAAUUUCCAUUCAAGGAAGAGGAUUUCCAACGCUUUGAUGAGUCACCAGAUACAUCUUUCUAUGAAUCUCCACGCUUUGUGACGCAUAUUGACAAUCCAGCCAUUGCGGCGCUUACUAAGUACUAUUCAGAGGUUUUCCCACCCAGUACCACACCCGGAAUAGCUAUCCUUGACAUGUGUAGCAGUUGGGUCAGUCAUUUUCCUGCAGGAUAUAAGCAGGAUCGGAUAGUAGGAAUGGGUAUGAAUGAAGAAGAGCUCAAGCGGAAUCCGGUUUUGACCGAAUAUGUAGUUCAAGACUUGAAUGUUAAUCCUAAGCUUCCAUUCGAAGAUAAUUCCUUCGAUGUUAUUACAAAUGUGGUAAGUGUUGACUACCUAACAAAGCCUAUGGAUGUUUUCAAGGAGAUGAGCCGGAUCCUCAAGCCUGGUGGUCUUGCUGUAAUGAGUUUCUCCAACCGUUGCUUCUGGACAAAGGCGAUCUCAAUAUGGACAUCAACCGGUGAUGCUGAUCAUGCUAUGAUUGUUGGAUCAUACUUCCAUUAUGCUGGAGGAUUUGAACCUCCUCAGGCUGUAGAUAUAUCUCCCAAUCCUGGACGGUCCGAUCCGAUGUACAUUGUGUACUCUAGAAAGUUAGCUACUGCCUGAAGAACUUUGAGAUUUUCUGGCUAAUGUUCUCAUAAAUAGGUAUUUUUGGUUUUAACUAUUUAGCUCUUGUAUUUUUUGAGCAUUGCAAAUUUUGUUGUAGUUUUACUUGUAUAUUUGACCAAAAUUAUCUCACUUUCAAACAAUUAAUCAAGAUUAUGUUCUAUA